GUUGUCACGUUAACUGAUAAAACGGUUGUCGAUUAACCAAGGCAUGUUACAAAGAUAUACAAAUUUUUAUAUUUAAGAAAUACAUUUUCAAGCUUUAGAAUUAUGGACAAAAAUAUAUACUUUAGGAAUUUUGAUCUGGAAUCGAUAAAUGUUACUUUGAAGUUUUGUCAACAAGAGUAUGGCGAUGUCAACUGUGUAGUAUGGGAUGCAGCUUUAGUAUUGGCUAAGUAUUUAGAAGUUUUGUACAUGGAAAAUAAUGAAACCUUUGAAUCUAAGAAUGUGAUAGAAUUAGGAUCAGGACUAGGAUGUGUUGGGCUGGCUGCUGCAUGUUUCGGAGGAAAUGUCACACUUACAGAUUUACCAGAAAAUUUACAGCAACUGAAACAAAAUGUUGAUGAAAAUAUACCUUCUAUAAAAGGUACUGUAAAAGUUGCUGCACUAAAAUGGGGUACCGCAUUUAGGUCUGAACCAUUUGACUUUUUAAUAAUGGCUGAUUGUAUAUAUUAUCCUGAAGUGGUUGAAGCGCUGGUGAAAACUAUGACCGAAUUGACCACUCCAAAUACAGUAAUACUAAUAUGUCAAGAACUCAGAGAAACCGAAAAACAAAAGAAUACAUGGAAAAUGUUUUUAGACAUGUUGGUUGAACAUUUUAUAUUAUCAUAUGUUUCAGAAGAAAAACAACAUCCCGUUUAUAGAAGCUCAGACAUAAUCUUAAUAAAUGCCAAAAAAAAAUGUUUGUGAAAUAAAAAGUA